CACAGUCUUCCUCAGCCACUGUUAAUUUCUGCAGCCGGAGAUAAUACUACAAGCCAAGCUUGCUACAUCAGAGACCGAUCGUGCCGAGCGGAGCGAUGGAGAAGCUGACGCCGAGCAACGCAAAGAAGGCGAUGGAGGACAGGGAGGAGAAGCCCAAGGUGCCGUCGACCGACCCGGACGACAGCCUCGACGACCUCGCCGCCGGGCAGCGGCAGCCGCAGCUGCAGCGGGAGCAGCAGCACCAGGCGCCCAACAUCUCGGAGAUGAAGCCGAUGACGCGGGAGGCGUACGGCGGCGGGAUGUACGCGGCGGAGGAGGGCCGGAGGGAGCCCGGGAGGCCGCGCGCCAGCGCCACGCAGAGCGCCGACGGGCCGGAGCAGCCCGUGGCCAGGCCCAGGCACCCCCCGCCGCCGUCCACCGGCGACCGCGACCUCGACAUCACCGGCAUGUCCUACAUCCAGUAGGCGGUAGUAGCUAGCUUCUCUUCCUCCUUUUGCGUGUCCGUGUGUUUGGACGGUGUGGCGCGGGUAGUAGUUGUGCUUUGUAUACGUGCGUGCGCCUGCUAGAGCUGCCGUUCUUCGUUGUGUUCUCCUUUGUGCAUGACUGACGAAUAAAAAUAAAAUGUGAGCGCAAAUUUUCUUGCC